GAGCUCCCGCCCGCAAGACUUCCUCGCUUCCAGUCAACGGCCAGAUCUCCACCCCCUACACGCGGGUCCCACAAACGCCCUUCAUCCAACGGCUGGGGGCUGCAUCCUUCGGUUCAAAACUUCCCAGCACGGGCGACGCACGUGAUUAAAAUGUCCAAACGGAACGAACGAAGGCGUUAAUAAAAGGCGUCGCAGAAAUGGAAAUUCCUCGAGGAAUUCAAAUCUCAGCGGUUCCUCGUUGGUGCCAUUUUCAAAAACCCAAUUGGAGAAUCGGGGAAACGGAACUGGAAGGCCCUGCCUGAAGACGGAGCUGGGCCGUGUUCGGUUUUGCUCCGCCGCGUUGAACUUUUUUUUUUUUACGGCAAAAUCACCUGCCCUUGCAGGGUUGUUUGAUGGUUGCUUCACUAAUGAUGCUGUAGAAUCUGCCGAUUUUCGUGCUUGUGGAACACCCGCUGCUUGCUAGAAUUCAACCUGUAUCUUUGUGACUGUGGGAUCAUAGUAACUUCAGCAAUAUGGGGUCUCCGAUACGCAUCGGAAAUUUAAGAAACCCCAAUGAGACAAUGAGGCUUGCAGUGACAAUCUUUGUUGGAGUUGUAGUCGGGUUCUUUUUAGGAGUAUCGUUUUCAACAAUUUCGUUGACUAAGAUGAAUCUUCCGUCCACCCUUUUUCCUUCAAUUGAUCUUUCGUGCAUAGAGGAAAAGUACUCCGGGUUUUCAACCCAAGCAAUGUUGAGUGCCUGGUCUUCUUUGAAGGGAAACGAGCAGCGCACUGAAAAAUAUGUAUCUCAGGAUACAAAGAUUUGGGUUCCAACUAAUCCUCGAGGGGCUGAAAGCCUAGCGCCUGGUAUCAUUGCAUCUGAGUCGGAUUUCUAUCUUCACCGACUAUGGGGUCUGCCUAGUGAGGACUUACUUGUCAAGCCAAAGUAUCUUGUAACCUUUACCGUAGGUUGUGCUCAGAAAAAAAACGUCGAUGCAGCAGUUAAAAAGUUUUCAGAGAAUUUCACCAUACUUUUAUUUCACUACGAUGGUUUGACAAGUGAAUGGGAUGAGUUUGAAUGGUCGAAGCGAGCUAUCCACAUGAGCAUUCAGAAGCAAACUAAAUGGUGGUACGCCAAGCGGUUGCAUCCUGACAUUGUGGCACCGUACGAAUACAUAUUUAUUUGGGAUGAGGAUCUUGGUCUGGAACACUUUGAUGCAGAGAAAUACAUAAAAUUGGUAAAGAAACAUGGUUUGGAAAUAUCACAGCCAGGUUUAGAUCCAAAGAGUGGGCUAACAUGGCAGAUGACGAGGCGGAGAGAAAACAGCGAAGUUCACAUGCAGACAGAGGAGAGACCUGGUUGGUGCAGUGAUCCGCAUUUGCCACCAUGUGCAUCGUUUGUUGAAAUUAUGGCACCUGUGUUCUCUCGGGAUGCAUGGCGUUGUGUCUGGCAUAUGAUUCAGAAUGACCUGGUCCAUGGCUGGGGUCUGGAUUUUGCUCUUAGAAAUUGCGUUGAGCCUGCACAUAAGAAAAUAGGAGUCGUGGACGCGCAAUGGAUUGUCCAUCAAGGCGUUCCUUCACUCGGGAACCAAGGGCGACCUGAGGGUGGAAGAGCACCAUGGGAAGGGGUAAGGGAGAGGUGUAAUAGCGAAUGGGCAAUGUUUCAAGCACGAAUGACCGGCGCCGAGAAAGCAUACUUUGAGGAAAUGGGAAUUGAUCCUCCAAAUUCAACAGCUCGUUAGAGGGUUGAAAAUAAUGGCGAUAGGAACUUGUACAAAUACAGCUCAACUGUACUUAACACAAAGUUGCAUUCGGUCUGGCUGUGUAUUGUUGCUACGCCUAUACUAGUGCUUUUUUUUUU